AUGGCCACAUUCCUCUCCGGGGCGGCCUUUGGCGCCGCCAUGCUCGCCGCGGGCUUCUACAACCCGGCCAUUGUGCUCGCCCAGCUCAAGUUCGAAAACAGCCACAUGAUCCAGGCCUUCCUCGCCGCCACAGCCACCAGCGCCGUCGCCUACACCGUCGUGGAGAAGCUCGGCGUGGUCUCCCUGACGCCGCGGAGCAACUCCCCCCUGGGCGUGCUGUCCAAGUACGAUGGCAACAUCAUCGGCGGCUCCCUCCUCGGCGCUGGCAUGGCCCUGUCCGGCUCGUGCCCCGGCACGAUGCUCGCGCAGAUGGGCGCGGGCGUCACGACGGGCUUCUACGUGUUCCAGGGCGCUGUCCUGGGCGGCAUCCUAUACACGGGCUUCAUCGCGCGCGCCGUCAAGGCCAGCAACGACAAGGCAGGGACCAAGGCGGACGUGUCCACCCUCAACGAGGCCCUUGGCUUGUCGAGGACGGCGACGGCAGCCUUGCUCGAGAUGGCCUGCGCGGCCGCCAUCAUCGGCACAGUCGUAUACACUAGUCCAGCGCCUGGACUCAAGAUCCCCGGCUGGCAGGGUGGUCUGCUCAUCGGCUGCGCCCAGCUCUUCUCCAUGCUCACCCGCCGGAGCAUGAUGGGCGUGUCUGGGUCGUAUGAGGAAGCAGGCAAACACUUUUGGUGGCUCCUCGGCGGCGCGGGCUCGGCGUCCCAGCCUGGCUACGCCAACAUGGUCUUUGCGGGCGGCGUGGCCGCUGGCGCGUGGGCGUUGGGACGCCUGGUGCCUGGCAUCGUCGUGGGACCUGUCAAGGAGUUGUCCCCCGCGCUGGCGAUCUCAGGCGGCGCCCUCAUGAUCAUCGGGUCGAGGCUCGCGGGUGGCUGUACGUCUGGACACGGCAUCAGCGGCAUGUCGUUGCUCUCGACCUCGAGCGUCAUCACAAUCAUGAGCAUGUUUGGUGCUGGAUCAGCGGUAGCCCUCAGCUUCCUUUGA